AUGGCUUCUCUAAAACCAAGGAAUUCCAAUGGGAAAAUUCUUUUAGAUCAGCUAACUAAAGAAUUGUUUUCAAAUAACAUACUUGAUGCCAGAAAAGCUCAAGGCGAGACCGUUGAUUUUGAUUUUAAUAAAAGCAGAUGCAAAGUUCUAUCUCAAAAUGAACAUUUUAAAGAUAAAUCUAGUGGUAUUAUGUACUGGAUGUACAGAGAUUGCCGAGUUCAAGAUAACUGGGCUAUGAUUUUCGCCCAAAGAUUGGCUGUUAAACACAAGUUACCAUUAUUUGUAUGUUUUAGUAUUAAAGAUGCUCACAAUCAGUAUCCUACUCAAAGACAUUUUAAGUUUUUGGUUGAAGGUUUAAAGAUUGUUCAGAAAGAAUGCAAAGAAUUAAAUAUUGGAUUUCAUGUCAUAAACAGUUCUCCAAAAGAUCUUGUCCAACUGAUUGUUAAUAAUAAUAUAGGAGGAAUCAUCUGCGAUUUUAGCCCAUUGAAGCAUCCCAAAAAGCUGCAGAAUUGUCUUUUGGAAAAUCUACCAGAUGAUGUACCAUUGGUUCAAGUUGAUGCACAUAAUAUUGUGCCUGUGUGGAUAGCUUCUGAAAAACAAGAGGGUAUGGCAAAAUUUUUGCGACCCAAAAUAAACAAAAACUUGGAUGAGUUUUUAACCGGGUUUCCUGUCGUAUCCAAACAUAAAUAUCAAGGCAAAUUUAACGCAAAAGAUGAAAUAAAAAAUAUUGAUGAUGCCUUUAAGUAUUACACUCCAAAAUAUGAUGUUCCUUUUGUAAAAUGGGGAGAUGGAUCUGCUGAAGCUGGUCUUAAUAUGUUACAUCAUUUCAUUGUUAAAAAUUUGAAAGAAUAUGGCGUUAGCAGUAAUGAUCCUUCAAAAGAUAACACUUCUAUGCUAUCACCUUGGUUAAAUUUUGGUCAAAUCAGUGCUCAGAGAUGUGCCUUAGAAGUUAAAAGUGUUAAUACAUUGUACAAAGAACAGUGUGAAAAAUAUUUGGAAGAACUCAUAGUGCGUAGCGAAUUGUCUGAUAACUUUUGUUAUUAUAACAAUAAUUAUGAUAAUAUCAAUGGAGCCGCGAAUUGGGCAAAGGAAACGUUAAAAUUACAUUCAAAAGACAAGCGAAUGUGGACAUAUACCCGAGAACAACUUGAAAACGCAAAUACCCAUGACGAAAUGUGGAACGCUGCUCAAUUACAGGCUCACCAAGAUGGUAAAAUACAUGGAUAUAUGCGGAUGUACUGGUGUAAAAAAAUAUUGGAAUGGACAGAAUCGCCCGAGAAAGCAAUCGAAUAUGCUUUAUGGUUAAAUGACACGUUUUGCUUAGACGGAACUGACCCUAAUGGAUAUGUUGGUGUGAUGUGGUCGAUUUGUGGGAUUCAUGACCAGGGCUGGAAGGAACGUGAAAUAUUUGGAAAAAUUCGUUACAUGGUUGAUUACAGUUUGAAAAGAAAAUUCGAUAUGGACGCUUACUGUGCACGCUUUGGAAGGAAAAUUUUAGCCGAAUCUAAGAAGAAGGGUUCUCAAGUAAAUACUAAUAGUUCAAAGAAAAAGGGGGUUAAACGGAAAGCUUCAUAG